CUCUACCCUUAUCUUAUACUUACAAGUGUUGAAUAUCUUAUACUUACAAAUGUUGAAUAUCUUAUACUUACAAAUGUUGAAUAUCUUAUACUUACAAAUGUUGAAUAUUUCUUAUACUUACACAUGUUGAAUUUCUUAUAUCUACACAUGUUGAAUAUCUUAUACUUACAAAUGUUGAAUAUCUUAUACUUACAAGUGUUUAAUAUCUUAUACUUACAAAUGUUGAAUAUCUUAUACUUACACAUGUUGAAUAUCUUAUACUUACAAGUGCUGAAUAUUUUAUACUUACAAAUGUUGAAUAUCUUAUACUUACAAGUG